UCCAACUUCUCGCCUCAACUCAAAGGAUUUACUUACCUACACUACGUACCGCUUUCUGCAUCCACAUCAACUAUGUGCAAAGGACUAGCUCUGUCUUCCACCUGCCUAGAAAGGGCCAAGGAACUGAAAUCAAGAAUGGUCAACUUUCUGCAAAAAUCAAACUGGAGUCUAUCAAGCUGCAAAAUAGGCAAAACUAGACCUACUCUGGAAGAAUGCAUGAGGUGGAAAGAGUCUUUUGAAAAGCUGCUGUCCAAUAAACAUGGACUGAUAGCCUUCACAGAUUUCCUGGUGUCAGAGUUCAGUGAGGAAAACAUUGCGUUCUACUUUGCCUGUGAGGACUUCAGGAGCACUAAGUCUGCAGCCAAGCUGGCCGCCAAAGCCAAGAGAAUCUAUGAUGAGUUCAUUUGCACCGACGCCCCCCGAGAGGUGAACAUUGACCACGAGACUCGUGACAUCACCAGGGCCAACCUGAAAGAUCCAUCUACGUCCUGUUUCGACAUGGCCCAGCACAGGAUCUAUCUUCUCAUGGCAAAGGACUGCUACCCUCGCUUCCUCCGUUCCCCAGCUUACAAAGACCAUAUCAGCCAGCUCUGUGCCAAGUGCACAUCCACCUCCAAGAAGGCGUAAACUAGUAGCAGUGGACCUAGUGUGGUCAUCUAAAGUUUGAACAGAAAAGGAACUUAUCGCCGUUGAACGUUGACCAGUCGUGAAGCCUUAAGAUGGGAAUGUCUACAGAUGGAGGUGGACAGAUGGCUCGUCAUGAACGGACAAGAGAUGGGGAAAUUCUGAUGCCAGCUAUUUUGAAAGAUGAAGACUGUCAAUCACCACAGAGCUCUGAAGGAGAGAAAGAGAAAAGACAGACGGGGUGAAACCCCAUAUGGACAGAAGUUGGGACAAGAACCGACAUGGCAAUAUCACCACAUGAUGUGGACUAUCAUUAGUGAAUGUACGGAGAUACAGAGUGGGCAGAAGGAAGUGUGCAAAGGAUGCAUUGACAAUGAGUUGGACUUUAACAAUUAAAGGUACACUGAUAUAGUGUCUCAUUCUAUUGCAUCAAUGUCUAACUGUGUUCGUAACUAGACAUGUUUUCAAGGCUGGGUAUGUUACUUUGUAAAUGCAAUCCAUUACAGUUACUUGUCCAAAAUUGUAAUCAGUAAAGUAACUUUUGGAAUACAUUCAGAUGACUUUCCACUUAAGAGGCUUUAGAAGAAGACAAAAAGGAUCCAUCAAACGCAUUUGGUGUGUCAUCAUAGUGGUCUCUGACUUGUGGUCAGACUCACUAAGGUGGAACAACCUCUUGAAACUCCCCAUCCCGGAUCCGGGAUCGUGACUAAAGCCUCAGGCUCAUUAGCAUAACGCAACGUUAACGAUUUCUGAAAAUCGCAAAUAAAAUGAAAAUAAUGCGCCUGCUCUCAAGCUUAGCCUUUUCUUAACAACACUGUCAUCUCAGAUUUUCAAAAUAUGCUUUUGAACCAUAGCAAUUGACUAAUUUGUGUAAGAGUAUGCUAAGCUAGCUUAGCAUUUUGAGUAGCAUUUAG